CGGAGCAGUGUCAUUUCACAGAGUGUCAACACACCUCCAGAAUUUCAGAGGAGAUGAAGGGGAAGCAAAUUAUGGGAUACAAAGAGUAGCUGGAGCACAAAAAGAAAGGACAAAAGGACUAUUUUUUUUCUCCCUAGAAUAAAGGAGACGUUGAGUUUUUGCUCUGAAAGCACAUGAAUUCCAGCGUGCCUUGAGUGGAAGCUCAACGUGAUCCUGUCUGAGGAAUUUAAUGAGAGUGUAUUUCAGGCAGGGAUAGUCAGAACUCCCUGACUUAAAAGUCAGUCUCUUGGGGAAACUAAGCAACAAGCUCUGAUCAGAAGCUUUCAGACAUGCAGCCGUUUACUUUGAUCGGCACAUUUUUAAUCCUGCUCAACAUCUCCUUCAGCAGAACAGAAGCUUACAGGCACCAUCGCCAAGUCCUCAGUGGAAACCAGCCAGGCGUUUGUCGCUAUGGAAGGAGACUGGAGUGCUGCUAUGGCUGGAUAAAAAACAAUAAAGGCCAGUGCGAGGCUCAGUGUGAGCACGGCUGCAAGCACGGAGAGUGUGUUGGCCCCAACAAAUGCAAGUGUUUCCCUGGAUUCACCGGAAAAACGUGUAAUCAAGAUCUGAACGAGUGCGGCCUAAAACCUCGCCCCUGUGAGCAUCGCUGCAUGAACACUCACGGUAGUUACAAGUGCUACUGUCUGAACGGAUACAUGCUGAUGUCUGAUGGAUCGUGCGCCAAUUCCAGGACGUGCUCGCUUGCUCACUGCCAGUACGGAUGUGAGGAAGUAGACGGGGAGAUCCGCUGCCUCUGUCCAUCUGCCGGCCUUCAACUCGGCCAAGAUGAGAGAACCUGCAUAGAUAUUGACGAAUGCAUGACUGGCAAGAACCUCUGCCCGUACAACAGACAAUGUGUGAACACCUUUGGCAGCUACUACUGCAAGUGCCAGGAAGGCUUCGACCUGAAAUACGUCGACGGCAAAUAUGACUGUGUGGACCUCGAUGAGUGUGCAGAUGAAACCCACAAGUGCAGCCACCAUGCCGCCUGUGUGAACACUCAGGGUUCGUACAGGUGCCGGUGCAAACCUGGCUUCAGAGGCAACGGCUUUGAAUGCUCCGCUAAGCCAUUUUAUCAGAGGUCAUGGGAUGGAGACAAAGGCAGUGCAGACGAUUCCCUCAAUGCCAUCCCAGACUCCCAGGUGAGGCCGGAGAUUCUGGGAGGUACGUUUAGCAACGAGGACAUAAAAAAUGCCAUCCCAGAAACAGUCGCGACGCCGGCCCCUAAGGUCCUCCAUCAACCUUUUGACUAUGAUGGAGAGGUCUACGUUGGGACCCCAACGGAGGAAAGAAAAGAAGAACUUCCUGAAGAGAAGGGGGAGGAAGAAGAGGAAGAAAACCAGCUCAACCCAAGAGGAGACGUUUUCAUCUCAGAGGACUUUGAGUCAGUAUUCGGCCCAGCCACAGAAGUCAAAGAAAUCCACAUUGAGCCACCUCAAGAAGAAUAUUUCCUGGACUGCAACUUUGACCAAGGAGCAUGUGAAUGGGUCCAAGACAAGACCGAUGACAUGGACUGGACUGUGGCAUACCAUGAACAUGGUGGUGAGUACUACAUGGCUUUGAGUGGGCUGCUCGGCGGCAGAGAAGACGUGGCGAAGCUGAAGUUGCUUCUCAGCGACCGAGCCCAUCACGGCAGCUUCUGCCUCACCUUUGACUACCGUGUGGUGGGUCAUGACGUGGGCUCGCUCAGGGUGCUGCUGGACAACAACGUUUACCCCGUGUGGGAGCAGAGCCAAAGCAGAAACCAGAGCUGGCAGACAGAACUCCUCACCGUAGCCUGGAAGGAGGAGGCCCCACAGUCUAUCAUCUUUGAAGCUCAGCGUGGGAACGGCAUUGGAGGCGAAAUAGGGUUGGAUAAUGUUGUGCUGACCUCCGGUCCCUGUCAAGAAGAUACAGGCCCAGUCUUUUAGGAAUCAAGCGUCAACAAUUCCUUCUCUUUAAUAACAUGCACAGUCGGAUUACGCUGAUCUGCUACAUUCUUUAUUUCGAGUUAAUAGCUAGUCUAAAUAAAACACAUGACCCAUAUCUCAGGAACAGAUAGUAGAGCUAACUCCUUCAGUUUGGUUAAAAGGUAUUGUGCUUAACUUGUGUUGUGUAUAUGACAGUACAUCGGUGAAGUAAACUACAUAAAAUACGAAAUGUAAUGUGAAUCAAAUGGUAGAUGACUUAACUUUUUGAAGGCUUUUUUGUUAAAAUGAUAUAAGGUGUGAGUGCAUAUAGGUCCCAGCAGUUGUAUUGAAAUUGUGGUGUGUGGCUACAUUAAACAUUUUUUUUUGUAACAUUGGGAAGGAUUAUUCCUUUUUAUAAAUGUGGACCCAUAUGGACAACAUCAUUAGAAAGCUGCUUUAUGUAUUUCUUAUUUUAGUAGAGAUGUUAUUGACCCAAUUUCUGUAAUAAAAAGAAAAUACGUCUAGUGUU